ACCCAUGCCCUCGGCCACCGCCCUUGGCCGCGCCAGUCCAUAAUGGAAACGUUCUCAAACACUUCCGACAUCUGCCAGCAACUCCUCCACCGAUACGGAAACUCCGCCGCACCACAGCACCGCCACCUCUGCGCCACCGCGGCUGCCACCCGUUCACUUAUCCAAUCAGAAUCCCUCCCCCUCUCUCCUUUCUCUUAUUUUGCCGCCACUAUCUCCACUCUCUCCGACCAAACAGAAUUAGACCCCGACGCUUUCGCCGCGCUUUCGUCUUUUCUAUCAAUUUUGCUUCCGCUAGUACCGGAAAAUGCUAUUUCGCCGGAUAAAGCAAAGGAGGCUGUGGAGGUUGUGGUGGAGAAGAUAAAUAGUGAUGUUAAUGAGGUUGCUCCGGGGAAUGCUAGCGCUAGAGCUUUGGUUAAAUCUCUAGGGGUUUUGCUAGGGUUUUGUGAUUUGGAGGAUUGGGAUUCUGUUCAGCUGGGGUUCAAUUCGCUUCUUAAGUUCUCCAUUGAUAAGAGACCAAAGGUCAGGAAAUGUGCUCAAGAUUGUAUUGGGGCUGUUUUCAAGUCAUUCAAAUCUUGUUCUGUAAUUAAGAAGGCAAGCAAAUUAGUAAACUCAUUACUCAAGGAUCACAUGCCUGUGGCAAUCAAAAUAAGUUAUUUAAAGGCUGCAGAUGAAUCCAAAAAAGAUAUCAUGUCUAAACCUGAACACCAAGAAGUUCUUUAUACUUUGAACAUGUUGAAAAGUAUUGUUCCCUAUCUUUCUGUCAAAGUAUGUAUAAAAAUACUCUCUCAAUUGGUGAAGCUUCUGAAGCCUGAGUCCUCGCCUUUGGCCCAGCAUGUUUUUGAGAUUCUCCAAAUUAUGUUUGAAACUUCAAGCUCUGAAGUUAUUGCCCCGGAGGCCGAGAACAUUGUUAAAUCCCUUGUCUCUUACAUAUCUUCGCAAGACAAGAAUCCUAUGGACUCUGUACUCUUUGCUGCGACUUCAUUGAAAGAUCUUAUUAACAAAAUUCAUGCUAGUGAGAUGACAGAUUGGAUCAACCAUCUACCUUCAGUGAUUGGCUCGAUGGCAGGUCUUCUCAGUUCUGAGGCUAGUGCUUUGCAGGCUUCAAAUAUUUUGCAAGAGUUGAUCAACAUUCAUAUUGAUGGAAAAGUUAUAUUAGCAAUCCAAGGUCAGGUUGAAGAUGAUAAGGCUAUCUUUAUUGAGCGAACAGCAGUAAAAUCCAUUUGUGGAGUCUUCGAAGACCUGUUGACUGCUCAAGUUGGCAUUCCAAAUGAGCAGCUUCUGCAAGUCAUCUCUGUCUUGUUCUUAAAACUUAGAGAGGUGUCAGACGUUUAUUUGAAGAGUAUAGUACUCAAACUCGCUCAAAUGAUGACUAAUGAUAGUGGUGAUUCUGACACAAUACAUCUCAAAAAGUGUAUUGGAUCUGCAGUUAUUGCUAUGGGGCCUGAAAAGUUACUUGUUCUUCUACCUAUCGCCCUUGAUACAAAAGAUUAUUCCUGUUCGAACACAUGGUUGAUACCGAUAUUAAAGGAAUACGUAGUGGGAUCAUCUUUAGGAUUCUUUAUGGAGUAUUUUGUAACUCUUGCUGAUUCCUUACAGCAGGAAUCCAGUAAAGUUAAGAAAUCAGAAAUUGGCAAAGAUCUGGAGACUUAUGCCUGCAACUGUUGGGAAUUAUUACCUUCCUUCUGUCGCUUUCCAACUGACACAUACCAGAAUUUUGGAGCUCUAGCCAAACAUUUGAUACCUUGUAUCAAAGACCCACCUAUGCUUCAAAUUGUGGCAGUUGCCUUGAAGGAACUAGUAGAUCAAAACAAAAAGGUACUUGCAUCUGAUGAGCUUCCUGGUGCAAAAUCAUCAAAGAUGGAAAAUCCUGUGCAAGAGUUGAAGAAUGAUCAGAUUUACUCGAAAAAGAUCGCAAGCAAGAAUAUGAGGGCUCUGGCAUCAUGGUCCCAGAUUUUGCUUCAGGCCUUGAUAGAUAUCUUCUUUGACUUGCCUCCUGAUAGACUUGAAAUUUUGAAGGAUGCAAUUGGAUGCUUGGCAUCUAUUACUGAUCCUUUGACAACCAAAAAGAUUUUUAUUUCUUCACUGGAGAGGCUUCAGCUGAUCAGGGACCUUGCUGACUCUGGAGAAGAGGAGUUUCAUAUUAAGGCUUCAGUUGACAAUGACGAAACUAAUGCCACUUCCAGGGAGAAAGAUACAGAGAGGUGCAUAUUGCUGAAGCUAGCAUCAUGUUUUGUUGAUAAAGCCAGUGAGGAAUUGAUUACCCUGCUAUUUAAGUUUACGAAACAUGCUUUAGAGGUGUUGGAAGGAACUGGCCAGCCUGAAGCAUAUCAGACUUUAAGCAGAAUAUUAGAGAAGCAUCCUUCAUUUUGCUUUUCCCACUUUGCUGAGUUGAUGGACUUGUUGCUGAAUCUGAAGUCUCCAUACAAUAUUGAUUCGCUUAAAAGCCGCUUUGCUUGUCUCCGAACCUUGUUUAUCCAUGCAGUAAAGGAAGAUUUGGAUGAUGAAAACACCAAGGCUUUUCUUAUCCUGAACGAGAUUAUUCUUGCACUAAAAGAUUCUGCGGAAGAAGGCAGAAAAGCAGCUUAUGAUGUCCUUACUGAUAUCAGUUCGAGCUUGCGAAGCACUUCCUGCACCAUUUCUGAUGGACAUUUUCACAAUUUCAUCACCAUGGUUAUGGCUUAUCUUACAGGGUCGUCCCCCCAUAUAAGGAGUGGUGCAGUUUCUGCAUUGUCUGUGCUUGUUUAUAAUGAUACAGAUUUAUGCCUUUCUGUACCUGACCUGAUUCCAUCUGUUUUGGCUCUGCUGCAAAGUAAAGCUAUUGAGAUUAUAAAAGCUGUUCUGGGCUUUGUGAAAGUACUCGUAUCAAGUCUUCAAGAAAAUGACCUGCAGAAAUUUCUCCCUGACAUUGUCAAUGGGAUUUUACCUUGGUCAUCUGUGUCUCGCCAUCAUUUCAGAUCAAAGGUCACAGUUAUCUUGGAGAUCAUGGUGAGAAAGUGUCGAGUUGCAGCAAUACAGUCACUUGCACCCCAGAAGUAUCACGAUUUUCUAAGGAGCGUCUUAAAGAAUCGUCAUGGCAAGACAAGUUCUAAGGAUGCUGGCAUCACUGAGACUGAAUCAAAUCCUUCAGAUAUAUCCCAAGGGAGCAAGCACAGGUGGCAAAAGAGAAAGUACGAGGAAUCUACAAGUUUAACAAAAGGAGGAGGUUUGACUGGAUCUAGGAAAAGAGCAAGGCACCAGAGACAGAAAGGCAAUCUUCCUAGUGCCAAAAAGCCUUUUAAGCCUGCUAGUAGCAUCAAAUCACAAGAGUCAGUGGACAGAGAGGGUGAUGCCAAUCAUGAUAGACAAAAUGCAAAGCAGUCUCAGUGGCAAAGAAGAGAUAGAAAGGGUAGUUUUAUGAAGGGUCAGUCAAGGGGGAAGAGGAAGAGGGAUUUUGUAGAAACUAAGCUGAGGAAUGGGGAAACUCAUAAACCUGCUGCCAAGCUAACCAAUCGUAAAAGGGUAGGGAAGAAGCAGUCGAAAAUUAAUAAAUGAGAUAGACGUGUGAUUAAGUGGGUAAAUUUAAAUUGAAGCUGCACUCAGAAUGACUUCUCUGUGUGCACUGAAUUUUCAAAAUGUCGGUGAUACAACCGGAAGAUGAAGGUCAAGCACUUUCAGAGCUUGGAGGAGACAAUAUAGAGAAUGAAGUGUGAAGUUUCAGCCACAUUGGCUGGUUAACUGGAGAAGUUGAAAUAUAUACGCAGAGGCUGCAGUCUGCAAGCACUCUGCUCUCGACGAACAAUGGACUUCAGUUUCAGUUAUCCUUUGGAUGCUGCCGAGUGUUAACCGCAAAAGGGCGUUGAAGGACCCAAAGAUGUAUAUUGUCUGAUUACCAGCGAAUGUGUGAUUGUACCAGUUUUAUUUGUUUAUUCCCAUCCUCGAGCAACGUUCACGUGUAUUGUUUUUUUUUCAACCCCGAGACCAUAUUUGUAGUGUCCUAAUGGCUAUGUGGUAAUAUAAAUGAAUGUAUACUCUGUACAUGAUUAAUUACAGCGAGAUAUAUCAGGGGAGCAAUUUUCUUC